GUCCACCGCAGUGCGCGCGCCGAGCCACAGCGCGCCGAGCCCCAGCGCGACCCGCAUGCUGUCGUGAACCGAGUAGCGCGCGUGUCCCGAUCCGAGCGUCGAGUCCGACGACGCCGAGUGCAACAUCUGUGAAUACCGUAGCCAUGCGCGCUGUGUUGCUGGCGCUAUGCGCCGUGGUGGUCGUAGCGAGCGCCGUCUCGCCGACGCCCGCCUCCACCAGCCCCAAGACCAAGCUCAAGAAGCGAAAAGAUAGCUCGGACCAGUCCACGCAGGCGGCCUCCUGGUGGCAGAGCCCCGCCGACCUGGGCGCCGACAACCCCAACCUCUUCAGCUCGACGCACGGCCUGGUGCAGACUCACCCGCUGGUGGCCGGCGCCCCGGCGCCCGCCGGCCUGGACCCGCUGGCCUCCCUCAACGUGGUGAGGAAGAACCCGCUGGUGGGGCCCGCCCCCGCCCCCGGGGCCUCGCCCGGCCUCCAGCCCGCCGCGCCGCAGCCGCCCAGGAAGAUCGACGCCCCCAAGAAGGGCCUCAUCGAGCUGGAGAGGAACCCCAGCCUGUCCUCGCCCGAGGAGUGCGCGCGCGCCUGUCGCGAGGGCGAGCCGCCCAGGACGUGCUACUACCACUUCACCGUGGAGCUGUACACUGUGCUCGGAGCUGCGUGCCAGGUCUGCGUCCCCAACGCCACCAACACCGUCUGGUCGCACUGCCAGUGCGUCCUCGCCGACGGCGUGGAGAGGUGCAAAUUGCAAAUGCCUCACCAAACGCCUUCUCCUUUUUUUCGCCAGGUGUGCCAAGGCGACAAGAUCGUGGUGGACGUGGAGAACCACAUGGAGGGCAUGGAGCUGACGAUCCACUGGCACGGCAUCUGGCAGCGCGGCACCCAGUACUCGGACGGCGUGCCCUUCGUCACGCAGUGCCCCAUCCAGCAGGGCAACACGUUCCGGUACCAGAUGGAGGCGGGCAACGAGGGCACGCACUUCUGGCACGCGCACUCAGGUCUGCAAAAGAUGGACGGUAUCUACGGCAGCAUCGUGGUCCGGCAGCCGCCGUCGCAGGACCCCAACAGCCACCUGUACGACUUCGACCUCACCACGCACGUCAUCAUGCUGUCCGACUGGAUGCACGAGGACGCCCUGGAGAGGUUCCCCGGCAGGCUGGCCGCCAACACGGGCCAGACGCCCGACACGCUGCUCAUCAACGGCAAGGGCCAGUUCCAGGACGCCAAGACCGGCUUCAGGACCAACACCCCGCUGGAGAUCUUCACCAUGACGCCCGGGCGCCGCUACCGCUUCAGGAUGAUCAACUCGCUAGCCUCCGUGUGCCCCGUGCAGCUCACGGUGCAGGGCCACUCGCUGAUGGUGAUCGCCACCGACGGCGAGCCCGUGCACCCCAUGCCCGUGGACACCGUCAUCUCCUUCUCCGGCGAGCGGUACGACUUCGUCAUCACGGCGGACCAGCCCGUGGGCGCGUACUGGAUGCAGGUGCGCGGUCUGGGCGAGUGCGGCGAGGCGCGCGCCCAGCAGCUCGCCAUCGUGCGCUACGCGCGCGGCCCCUACCAGCCCCGCACCACGGCCCCCACCUACGACGUCGGCCUGCCCCAGGGCAUCGUGCUGAACCCCCUGGACGCCAUCUGCAACACGGACCGCACCGACGCCGUGUGCGUGAACCAGCUGAAGAACGCCAAGCAGGUGGACGAGGGCAUCCUGCAGGAGCGGCCGGACGUCAAGAUCUUCCUGCCCUUCCGGUUCUUGUUCUACACCCCCGAGGAGGUGUUCGAGCCCCACACGUACAACAGGUUCCUCGUGGCGCCCAGCGGCGACCACGUCAUCAGCUUGGUGGACGAGAUCUCGUACCAGUCGCCGCCCGCGCCGCCGCUCUCGCAGAUCGAGGACAUCAGCCCGGACCAGUUCUGCAACGGAGACAACAAGCCCGCCGACUGCGGAACCAACUGCAUGUGCACGCACAAGGUCGACAUCCCGCUCAACGCCGUGGUCGAGGUGGUGCUCGUCGACGAGGUCCAACAGCCCAACCUGAGCCACCCCUUCCACCUCCACGGCUACGCCUUCAAUGUGAUCGGUAUGGGCCGCAGCCCCGACAAGAACGUCAAGAAGAUCAACUUGAAGCACGCGCUUGACCUGGACCGGCGCGGUCUGCUGCACCGCCAGUUCAACCUGCCGCCCUCCAAGGACACCAUCGCCGUGCCCAACAACGGCUACGUCGUCUUCCGAUUCAGGGCCGACAACCCCGGCUACUGGCUGUUCCACUGCCACUUCCUGUUCCACAUCGUGAUCGGCAUGAACCUGGUCGUGCACGUGGGCACCCACGCGGACCUGCCGCCCGUGCCGCCCAACUUCCCGCGGUGCGGCAACUUCUUGCCGCCCAUCGAGUACAACUAGGACCGGCGAGGCCCAGGGCGACGCCCUCCACGAGGACCUCCGCGAGGCUAGACAAGAGAAAGGCUCAAGGCGACGCGACGGGCGGGCCGGCCCUCCACGAGGCCCUCCACGAGGCUAGACGAACCAACCGCCGCGACGAACCACCAAACCCUGCCAGUUAGAGGCUCCCGUCGGCGGCCUCUGUGGCAGCCCUCGUCGCCGGCCGGACGGCGCGGCCCGCCCCGCCCUCUGGUGGCCAUACUUCGAACCGGACGCCAUAUCCUGCAUGCACUCCAGGGAGUCAGUCCCGCGGCCCUGGCAGGCCCUGGCUGCCGCCGCGCCCGCCAACCCCCUUCCGCUCGAUCUGUCUCCUGUUCUCCAACAACCAAUUCGACCCGACUGCGUUGGUGGCGCGGCGCGCCAUCGGACUCGUCUGCGAGGGACUCCCUGCUCUGUCCCGGGGCCGCAGGGCACCGCAGGGCCGCACGGAAUUGACUACUGUACUUAUUUGUAUAUACGCGGUUAGGCCCGUCCGCGCCUCGCCCCACCCCGCCCCGCCACGCCACGCCACGCCCCCGUCACGCGCCGAGCGAGCUGCAAGCAGGGAAAGUGAAUCUGGAGCCACUCCACUCACUAGUGUGCUUUCCGGGCCGAUACCCCGCCGGCUGCGUCCGCGUC